CCCAAGAUGGCGGCGGCGCUGGAGGCCCUGGGCCUGUGACCACAAAGAGGGAGCCGGGGGCCGGACCGGAGCGCGGCGGCGGCGGCGGCGGCGGCCGAGGCCGAGGCCAGGCCCCCUCUCCUCAGCCUCCCGCCCCUCCCUCCCGCCCGCCCUCCUCCGCCCACCGGCGGCCCCGCCCCUCCCCCAACCGCCCGCCUAGCAUGGUGCGGCGGCCGCGCGCGCGGACAUGGGGGAGAAGCUGGAGCUGAGGCUCAAGUCGCCCGUGGGGGCCGAGCCCGCCGUCUACCCGUGGCCGCUACCGGUCUACGCCGGUCCCGUGGAAUCAGGCCCCAUGGAGGCUCCAUCACCUGCAGUCACGUACCGGGCCUUUGCAGAAGCAGGAUUCCCAGCCAGGCAGGAGCUCCCAGGCUGGAGCGGUUCCUGGUGGGCCUGUGGAGCGUGUCCUCAGGGGCUCGGGGACAAACAUCAUGAUGCUGCUCAUGAAAUCAUCGAGACCAUCCGAUGGGUCUGUGAAGAAAUCCCAGAUCUCAAGCUCGCUAUGGAGAAUUACGUUUUAAUUGACUAUGACACCAAAAGCUUUGAGAGCAUGCAGAGGCUCUGUGACAAGUACAACCGUGCCAUCGACAGCAUCCACCAGCUGUGGAAGGGCACCACGCAGCCCAUGAAGCUGAACACGCGGCCGUCCACCGGGCUCCUGCGCCACAUCCUGCAGCAGGUCUACAACCACUCGGUGACCGACCCCGAGAAGCUCAACAACUACGAGCCCUUCUCCCCCGAGGUGUACGGGGAGACCUCCUUCGACCUGGUGGCCCAGAUGAUCGACGAGAUCAAGAUGACCGACGACGACCUGUUUGUGGACCUGGGGAGCGGUGUGGGCCAGGUUGUGCUCCAGGUCGCCGCCGCCACCAACUGCAAACAUCACUAUGGCGUCGAGAAAGCAGACAUCCCGGCCAAGUAUGCGGAGACCAUGGACCGCGAGUUCAGGAAGUGGAUGAAAUGGUAUGGAAAAAAGCAUGCAGAAUACACAUUGGAGAGAGGCGAUUUCCUCUCGGAAGAGUGGAGGGAGCGAAUUGCCAACACGAGUGUUAUAUUUGUGAAUAACUUUGCCUUUGGUCCUGAGGUGGAUCACCAGCUGAAGGAGCGGUUUGCAAACAUGAAGGAAGGUGGCAGAAUCGUGUCCUCGAAACCCUUUGCACCUCUAAACUUCAGAAUAAACAGUAGAAACUUGAGUGACAUCGGCACCAUCAUGCGUGUGGUGGAGCUAUCGCCCCUCAAGGGCUCAGUGUCGUGGACGGGGAAGCCGGUGUCGUACUACCUGCACACUAUUGACCGCACCAUACUUGAAAACUAUUUUUCUAGUCUGAAAAACCCAAAACUCAGGGAGGAACAGGAGGCAGCCCGGCGCCGCCAGCAGCGCGAGGGCAAGAGCAACGCGGCCACGCCCACCAAGGGCCCCGAGGGCAAGGCAGCUGGCCCUGCCGAAGCCCCCAUGGACUCUGGUGCUGAGGAAGAGAAGGCGGGAGCAGCCACCGUGAAGAAGCCGUCUCCCUCCAAAGCCCGCAAGAAGAAGCUGAACAAGAAGGGGAGGAAGAUGGCAGGCCGCAAGCGUGGGCGCCCCAAGAAGAUGAACACUGCGAACCCCGAGCGGAAGCCCAAGAAGAACCAAACUGCACUGGAUCUCCUACACGCGCAGACCGUGUCUCAGACAGCGGCCUCCUCGCCCCAGGAUGCCUACAGGUCCCCUCACAGCCCGUUCUACCAGCUACCUCCGAGCGUGCAGCGGCACUCCCCCAACCCGCUGCUGGUGGCGCCCACCCCACCCGCACUACAGAAGCUGCUAGAGUCCUUCAGGAUCCAGUACCUGCAGUUCCUGGCGUACACGAAGACCCCCCAGUACAAGGCCAGCCUGCAGGAGCUGCUGGGCCAGGAGAAGGAGAAGAACGCCCAGCUCCUGGGCACGGCUCAGCAGCUCCUCAGCCACUGCCAGGCCCAGAAGGAGGAGAUCAGGAGGCUGUUCCAGCAGAAGCUGGAUGAGCUGGGUGUGAAGGCGCUGACCUACAACGACCUGAUUCAAGCGCAGAAGGAGAUCUCCGCCCAUAACCAGCAGCUGCGGGAGCAGUCGGAGCAGCUGGAGCAGGACAACCGCGCACUCCGCAGUCAGAGCCUGCAGCUGCUCAAGGCUCGCUGCGAGGAGCUACAGCUGGACUGGGCCACGCUGUCCCUGGAGAAGCUGCUGAAGGAGAAGCAGGCCCUGAAGAGCCAGAUCUCAGAGAAGCAGAGGCACUGCCUGGAGCUGCAGAUCAGCAUCGUGGAGCUGGAGAAGAGCCAGCGGCAGCAGGAGCUCCUGCAGCUCAAGUCCUGUGUGCCACCAGACGACACCCUGGCCCUGCACCUGCGCGGGAAGGGCACCCUGGGCCGCGAGCUGGAGCCUGACGCCGGUCGGCUGCAUCUGGAGCUGGACUGCGCCAAGUUCUCGCUGCCUCACUUGAGCAGCAUGAGCCCAGAGCUCUCCAUGAAUGGCCAUGCUGCCAGCUAUGAGCUCUGCAGCGCGCUGAGCCGGCCCUCGCCCAAGCAGGACACGCCCCAGUACCUGGCCUCACCCCUAGACCAGGAGGUGGUACCCUGCACCCCCAGCCACGGCGGCCGUCCGCGCGUGGAGAAGCUGUCUGGCCUGGCUGUGCCCGACUACACCAGGCUGUCCCCGGCCAAGAUCGUGCUGAGGCGGCACCUCAGCCAGGACCACACGGUGCCAGGCAGGCCGGCCGCCAGCGAGCUGCACCCGAGAGCUGAGCACACCAAGGAGAAUGGCCUUCCCUACCAGAGCCCCAGCGUGCCCAGCAGCAUGAAGCUGAGCCCCCAGGACCCGCGACCCCCAUCCCCUGGGACCCUGCAGCUUGCUGGAGAGAAGAGCAGUGAGAAGGGCCUGAGAGAGCGUGCCUACGGCAGCGGCGGGGAGCCCAUCACCAGCCUGCCCAUCAGCAUCCCGCUCAGCACCGUGCAGCCGAACAAGCUCCCGGUCAGCAUCCCCCUGGCCAGCGUGGUGCUGCCCAGCCGCGCUGAGAGGGUGAGAAGCACCCCCAGUCCUGUGCUGCAGCCCCGAGACCCCUCGUCCACACUUGAAAAGCAUAUUGGUGCUAAUGCCCACAGUGCUGGGAGCAAAAGCCUUGCCCUGGCCCCUGCAGGCUUCUCCUAUGCUGGCUCGGUGGCUAUCAGCGGGACCCUGGCAGGCAGCCCAGCCUCUCUCGCUCCUGGAGCCGAGCCUGCCGCCUUGGAUGAGUCCUCCAGCUCUGGGAGUCUGUUUGCCACUGUGGGGUCCCGCAGCUCCACGCCACAGCAUCCCCUGCUGCUGGCACAGCCCCGGAACUCGCGCCCGGCCUCUCCCGCCCACCAGCUCUCCUCUAGCCCCCGGCUCGGUGGGGCUGCCCACGGCCCGCUCCCCGAGGCCAGCAAGGGGGACCUGCCCUCCGAUUCCGGCUUCUCAGAUCCGGAGAGCGAGGCCAAGAGGAGGAUCGUGUUCACCAUCGCCACCGGCGCGGGCGGCACCAAGCAGUCGCCUUCCAGCAAACACAGCCCCCUGACCGCCAGCGCCCGCGGGGACUGUGUGCUGAGCCACGGCCAGGACAGCCGCAAGCGUGGCCGGCGGAAGCGAGCGUCAACGGGGACGCCCAGCUUGACCGCAGGCGUGUCCCCCAAGCGCCGAGCCCUGCCGUCUGUCGCUGGUCUUUUCACGCAGCCUUCAGGGUCUCCUCUAAACCUCAACUCCAUGGUCAAUAACAUCAACCAGCCCCUGGAGAUUACAGCCAUCUCAUCCCCUGAGACCUCCCUGAAGAGCUCCCCUGUGCCCUACCAGGACCACGAUCAGCCCCCCGUGCUCAAGAAAGAGCGGCCCCUGAGCCAGACCAAUGGGGCACACUACUCCCCGCUCACCUCCGACGAGGAGCCAGGCUCUGAGGACGAGCCCAGCAGCGCCCGAAUUGAGAGAAAAAUUGCAACUAUCUCCUUAGAAAGCAAAUCUCCCCCCAAAACCUUGGAAAAUGGUGGUGGCGUGGCGGGAAGGAGGCCCGCGCCGGCCGGCGAGCCAGUCAAUAGCAGCAAGUGGAAGUCCACCUUCUCGCCGAUCUCCGACAUCGGCCUGGCCAAGGCUGCGGACAGCCCCCUGCAGGCCGGCCCCACCCUGAGCCAGAGCUCCCUGUUCGCGUUCCGGCCUGCCCUGGAGGAGACCCCCGCCGAUGCCAAGCUGGCUGCCCACCCCAGGAAAGGCUUUCCCGGCUCCCUGUCAGGAGCUGACGGACUCAGCCCCAGCACCAACCCUGCGAACGGCUGCACCUUCGGCGGGGGCCUGGCCGCCGAGCUGAGUUCACACGGCUUCAGUGAUGGUGCUUCUCUCCCCCACAAGGGCCCCGAGGCGGCCGGCCUGAGCUCCCCGCUGGGCUUCCCCUCGCAGCGCACCAAGGAGGUCUCGGACACCAACCCUUUCCUGAGCAAGAGGCAGCUAGACGGCCUGGCCGGGCUGAAGGGCGAGGGUGGCCGCGGCAAGGAGGUGGGGGAGGGAGGCCUGCCGCUGUGCGGCCCCGCGGACAAAAGUGCGCUGCCCGCCGGCAAGGCCGCCAAGGCCCGGGACCGAGAGCUCGACCUCAAGAACGGCCACAACCUCUUCAUCUCCGCGGCCGCGGUGCCUCCCGGAGGCCUCCUCAGCGGCCCGGUCCUGGCCCCGGCGGCGUCCUCUGCAGGCGGCUCGGGGUCCUCCGCCCAGACGCACCGGCCCUUCCUGGGCCCCUUCCCGCCAGGGCCGCAGUUCGCGCUGGGCCCCAUGGCCCUGCAGGCCAACCUGGGCUCCGUGGCCGGCUCCUCCGUGCUGCAGUCGCUCUUCAGCUCUGUGCCGGCCGCCGCUGGCCUGGUGCACGUGUCGUCCGCUGCCACCAGACUCACCAACUCGCACGCCAUGGGCAGCUUUUCCGGGGUGGCAGGCAGCACAGUUGGAGGUGUCUUUAACCACGCGGUGCCCUCCGCCUCUGCUCAUCUGUUUGGAGCCCGUGUCGGCCGCGGGGCUGCGUGUGGCAGUGCCACGCUGGGCCCGAGCCCGCUGCAGGCGGCGGCCAGCGCCUCGGCCUCUUCCUUUCAGGCCCCGGCCUCGGUUGAGACCCGGCCGCCCCCUCCGCCUCCGCCUCCCCCGCGGCCCCCGCCUGCGCACCUGGGCCGGCCCCCCGCGGGGCCUCCCAUCCUCCACGCUCUCCCACCUAACGCCGCCUUGCCUCCUCCCCCAACGCUGCUGGCCUCUAACCCUGAGCCCGUGCUUCUGCAGAGCCUCGCGUCCCUCCCGCCUAACCAAGCUUUCUUGCCCCCCGCCUCUGCUGCCUCUCUGCCGCCUGCUAACGCCUCUUUGUCUAUCAAGCUCACCUCCCUCCCGCACAAGGGCGCCCGCCCCUCCUUCACGGUGCACCACCAGCCCCUGCCCCGGCUGGCCCUGGCACAGGCCGCGCCCGGGAUCCCGCAGGCCAGCGCCACGGGGCCGUCCGCUGUGUGGGUGUCCCUUGGCAUGCCGCCUCCUUAUGCCGCGCACCUUUCAGGGGUUAAGCCGCGAUAAAGACCUUGCUUAGCUAGCAGUGCAUAUUGUGUAAGGUAAGGCCAGAGCCCCGCGCGGUGGCUCCCUCCAGACACUGAACUGUCCUUCCUUUGGCAGAGAAGAUGGCCACAGGGCUCGGCAGAAGGGCCGGGGGUCCUGAGGAGGGAAGCGAGAGGAGGGACUGCAGGACGGGCACCGGCCAUGGCAUGGCCUGAGCAUGUUGGCUUCCAGCUGCCCACAGCUGGGUACCUGCGGUGAUGCCGCAGGACGGAGGCCAGCCCUGGGGGCAGCUGUGCCAGCCCCUGUGGGUGAGGCUCACGGGGUGCCAUGCCAAGGAUGGGUGCAGCCCCUCGGGGCUGGGAGUAGCCUCCAGGGCUCCAUCUGCACCAGGCCCAGGUCACUCGGGACAGGUGGCGUGGUGCGGUGUCAGCUGCAGAGGUCCUGGGAAGCCAGGUUGGCAGGACGGACGCCUCUGGUCAGGGCCAUCUGGCUGAUGGCCUCGGAUACCUCUCAUAGGGAGCCGGUGAGGCCCCUGGUAUCCCGCCUGCCUGGGGGGCUCAUGGGUUCCCAGUGGGGCUGAGAGGCGAGCUCUGUGCCCUGCGUGAUCGGGCUGCCCCCGGGACACGGCCGAUGGCGGCCGUACUGCUCUGUGGCUGUGGCCGAAAGCCGAGGGCUUCCAGCCACUCAGACGUCAGCACCGAGGUGCACAGGCUGACGUAGAUAGCGCCCGCCUUUGCACCAGGGGAAGUGGGAGGCUGGAGUGAGUUUGUGGCCGUGAGGCCUUCAGGGAACGUCCCAUCCACUCGUCCUCCGAGAGGUGGUGGAAACUGGCUGCUGACCCCCGAGGGUAGUUGGCCACCUGUGCCCUCCGGGGACAUGGCGUGCCGGGCAGUGAAGUGCAAAGGUGCCCUCUGCUUCCCCCUGACCUUCUGCCUCAGGGGGCCCUGGGACACAGGCCUUCAUGGGCAAGCCCACAUCUCGCUGGGCAAGGAGAGGUGGACUGGUAGCCGAGGCAGAGGCAGGGCCGGGGCUGGCCGGCCUGGCCUGCCCUGCAGUGUGCUGAAGUAGAAGGAGGAGCGGGCCUGGCGGGUCAGGGCGGGCACCUGUGGGCGGGACGGGCUCCUACAGGUCCCACAGGAGAUGUGCUGCAGGUAGGGUGGCCUUAGUGGGACUUGGCUGUGCGUCUCUGGAGGAAGGCCGGAGCUUGGCUGGCGUGGCCAGGUGUCAGGCUCCCCGGGCCUGCUGUGGCUGGAGGGGCCAGCGCCCUGCCUGUCACGGUGCUGGCCCCAGGUGGCGAGUGUGCUCGUGGGAGGCCUCGGUCCCCGGCCCGGGUGAGUGUCAGGCUCCCCAGGCUUGAGGGUGACAGACUGCCCUUCCCACUGUGCCCUCCUGCAGGUAACUAGGAUUUCUACCUCAACCGCGAGACCUAUGCAAGGACGGUGUGGACCAACUGCGCCCGCGGCACCUGCCCGCCGGCCUCCCACCCUGACGGCAGAGGCGAGGACGACGGGGCUCCACUGUGAAUCGGCGGCGCGCGCCACAGGAGGCUGGGACUGGUCCAGUUUGUACUGUCGAUAGUUUUAGAUAAAGUAUUUAUCGUUUUUUAAAAAGUAUAAACAAUUCUGACUUAUUUUAUUCCAUCUAAGUGGUAAAGGCAACUUAUUGAGAAAUAUAAAUAUCUAUAUAUGAGAGAUCUAUAUAAAGACACGUGUCUGCAGGGCGGGCCCGCCAGCGGAUUCGCCGACAGCCUGCCCCGGUGCUAUCUCGUCCCCAGGCCUGCGCCUGCCUCCGCCCGCUUGGUGCUGACUAGACGCUGACGACGCCGAACCCCGUCCUCGGAAACGCCGCCCGGCCGGCCCCCCCCGACGACGCACUGCUCCCGUACCAAAGGCAGGCCCGCCGCUGCCACAUUCCUCGGAGGCCCCCCGUGGCCUGAGCCCCUUCCCGAGCCCCUGGCGCCUGCGCUGAGCGCUCCACCCCCGCCCCGUCACUGUGAGCCCCGGACUGUUCACCCCCGCGGGGCCUGGGUGGCGCCCUCGCGUGGGGGGGCCCCGCGCCGUGCGCUGCGAUGGUGCUGUGAGGACGGCAGGCGCCGGACAAGUGCAUUUACUUUUGUAUUUCUCGGCUUCCGUGGCUCGCAGCGCGCCCUGUGACGCGGGCAGGCCUGUCGAGGGUCCCCUGGUGUUUCUGUACAGGAGAGAGUCACACUAAUGAGUGGCAGUAUUUUAUAGAGAUGUGAUAAGAAUUUAUAAAUUUCAUAGAUUUAACAGCUUUUAUUUUUAGAUGGUAUAAUGCACAGUGAAGAGGAAAGAAAGGUGCGGGGAAAUCCUUAUUUAUUCAGAGUGUACAAAAUGGCCACAGGGUCAGCCCCCACCCUACACCCCUCAGUUGCAGUCCCCAGUGGUCCAGACAGCUGCCUGAGCCUCUUCCUGGCCCACGUCCCUUCUGUCAGGGUCCCGCCUGGCACCCGGCCCUCUAAGUGGGUGUGCUGGGGCCGAGGUGCGCUGCUGAAGCCUGGCCUCUCUGGCCCUAGGCCCUGGGAUGGCAUCUGCCCCCCAUUCUGCAGCCUUGGGGGUGCCUGGGACUGGGCGUGCAAGGAGAGGGCGAGGCCGGGCUAUGGCCGGCAGUCAGAGCCACUCAAAGCAGUUGGUGCCUGGCUUGUCCAGGCAGUGCUGUCUCUGCGCGCUCCCUGGAGGAUGGGGUCUGGGAGUCCUAGCUCCUUGCACAUGGGGCCCAGGCUGUCACACCCGUUGAGCCCACCUUCUCAAGUUGCUGCUGUGAGGUGGCAUCGGGCAGCCCUUCCCCAGGUGUCACAGAACCACCCUCCAGGGAGCUGCCAGCCCUGCGUUCUGGUCCCUACCACGUGGCCUCCGGAGAGGGAGCCGCGGAGGAAAGGCUCCUGUGGUUGCUGGGUGGGGGUAGUCCUGUGUGGGAGGACCUGGAAGACCCCUGCUUGUGCCUGGUGGGGGGGUGCUGCCUCCCUCUGGCCCCCAACAACCUGUCCCUCAGACCCCUGGCCCCCCCAACCUAGCUGAGUUUUGAAGAUGGUGCUCCAAACCUGUCCUUCCCACCCCCACGUUGGUGCUCUCAGCUUGAAGGUGCUGUGCCUCUGCCCGAGCCCGGCCUUCAGGAUAGGCAGCCUGCUCCGUGCCGCCACCGGCCGGAAAUGCUCCAGGGUUGACGGCAGAGAAAGCAUGGAGUCCCCUGGCCUAGAACAAGACACACUCUUGAAACACUGUAUCACUUCUGCCUCCCCCCAGGGGACAGUGGCUGCCGGGGUGCCACUGCGGCCCCUGCCCACGCAGACCACCACGUGUUUAGGACACGCACUGGGUCUCGGAGCCACUGGCCCAGGCAGAAGUCUCCUUGAGCCCCCUGGGGCACGUGUGAACUAGCAAUGCUGCUGCCCGCAGACGCCCUCCCACUCUGAGCCCUAGGCCAUGUCCUCCUCAGACACUCCCAGACGGGGGUUGGUGGCGGUUGACAGUGGAGGCUGGUGCUGGUGCGCAGCCUGAGCUUCCAUGGGCAGCUGGCAGGACCUGCGCUGCUGCUGACCGCGGGCAGGUGGCGCCUGGGAGUGGCUCUUGCUCAGGAAUUGAUAGGAACCCUGAUGACUAGGACGCCCCCUCCUUGGCCCGUGAGGCACACUCGGUGACUUAUUUAAGACUUGCCCCUUAAUUUAUCCGCCCCAGGACGCGUCAGUCUGUUAAGUGGUCAGCAGGGCCCCCUCCCCCGUCAUCAGUGGUCAGCCCCCCACGCGCUGCUGCUCUAUGUCGGCCCUUGUCUGUUGCCCUCAGGAGGCUCUGCUGUCUUCCUGGUGAACUGUGUUUGGAUUGCGCACAUUGUCACGGUCCGCCCCUGGGCUGCGGGCGCCCCUUCCUCUGGGCACCCCUGCGUUCUGCUUCCCCACCUCUAGACGCUGUAAUAAACAGACCAUUUUCACUUGGA